GCACUCGGUCACCGGUCCGAUGAUUCCUCUCCGCCGCCGACUCUCAACUUUGACUGUCAAGAGUGUCGAGUGACCAGCAGUCAGCGCUGAGAUUCCGUCCGGUACGGAUUCUACGGUUGGUCCACGGUUGUUCAAUCGCUGAAUAUUCUACCGGUGCGCGCGAGCUAAGCUGGAAGGUAAAAGAAGGACAACGUACGGGAGCGAGAUCGAAAUAUUUGGAAUGCGGCUUGUUUACAUAACGCGCUCGAGAAAAUCUUUAUCUCGUAUGGAUUUUUCGAACCGACCUGAUUUCCAUGUCUGAUCGUACAUUCUCGACUUGUCUCGCGAGCAGCUUCUUCUUUUUAUUUUUCGUUAUCUUCGGUCUUCGAAAAAGUGUUAAAUACAAAGGAUCUGCAGUGAAUUAGUUGGGGGCAUUUUUCAUUUUUAAUCAAGGUUUUCCAUACACCAACACCGAAGAACGAUCCGAUACUCUUCGAUGUUUGUUAUUGAAACGAUAUAAUCGGGGAGGCUCGGACGUUUCGUCACAUGCAAGAUGAGAAACAUAUUUUAGUCUGCGUGCGCGUGUUUGAUCCUCGUCCCGAGUCAAGUGAUCAUACGUCAAAUGGUUAGCCAGACAUUUUCUGGCUCGAUUCGAACCAUCGUCCGGUAGCGAAUUUGACUCGAUGCUUUUACGAUUCAUCACCGAAUCGUGGACAGAAAAGUGAUCGAGGAAACAUUGACUCGCGAACGAGACAGGGGCGACGCAUCUCGCUCUGGCUUCCGACGAGGGUGAGUGAAUAAGGAGGGAAAGACAGCUGACGGGGAGGAGAAGGAGGAAAGCAGGGAGUGUGCUGGGAACCGGUUGUGUGCACGCGUUUACUCGUUGGCCCAGAUGAGAAGGAUACAAAUUGGCGCAUCAAUACGGGGCCGAGUGAAAAUAUUCGCCUUUGUCGAAAAAUCGACGAGCCCCGAGAAGCUUUGAGUCGAUCGUCGGAGUUAGAAGAGGAGGAGGAGGAUCGGAGGUGGAGAAAGAGAAGCAAGAGGAGGCGAAGAAGAGCUUUUCCAACGAUAGGAAGGAGUGAUGGUGUCUUCUGAAUGCGAUGACUGUGGCCGCAGCCGUGGCACUGUGGCACCGGGCCCACCUCUACAAGACCCUCGCUUGCGUCAUCCUCGCUCUCGUUGCUCUUCAAUAUUUGCUCAGCGGAGUUCUCGAACGUCACUCGAUCGAAACCAUUUUCGCUAUUAACACUACCAAAUACGCGGAGCACUCUUAUCUGAAUUAUCAUCCCCGAGGUCUGACCAUUUACGGACCCGCUGCGAGUUACGACGCAAUUCCGAAUAAUAUUUCUUCAUCGGCGAAGGCUAUCUACGUCGAGCCUACUACUCGAAUUUCCAAUCUGACCAACGCUUCCAGAACGUCGGAGACGUCCUUCCCGACAAAAAGUUCCGGCACCCUUCCGACGAACGUAACGGAGCUUCCGGCACUUCUCAGAUGUCCUUCCAUUCCCCCAAAUCUCGUCGGUCCAGUACUCGUGAUUAAAACGAUACCGGAAAACGGGGUUACCGAGGCGAGUUUCGCGAGGGUCAAACCGGGCGGUAAAAGCUCACCCGACGAGUGCAUCCCUCGUUAUCGCGUUGCCAUUGUAAUUCCAUUUCGCAAUCGACCCGAGCACCUUCAGACACUCGUUUACAAUCUUCAUCCAAUUCUUCUCAGGCAGCAAAUAGACUAUCAAAUUUUUGUCGUCGAGCAAGAAGGCACCGGUCAAUUUAACCGAGCUAUGCUGAUGAACGUCGGAUACGUCGAGGCACUCAAGGAACGAAUGUUCGACUGCUUUAUUUUUCACGACGUCGACCUAGUGCCCGAGGACGAUAGAAAUCUUUAUACUUGUCCCGAGCAGCCGAGGCACAUGUCCGUUGCAGUCGACAAGUUCAAAUAUCGAUUGCCAUAUCCCGAUUUGUUCGGGGGAGUUUCGGCGAUGACGACCGAACAGUUCCGGUUGGUCAAUGGUUUCAGCAACGUUUUUUGGGGCUGGGGCGGCGAGGACGAUGACAUGGCGAAUCGCAUAAAAGCACGGGGUCUUCAUAUAUCCCGUUAUCCAGCUAACAUUGCGCGAUAUCGUAUGAUGACGCAUAAAAAAGAAAAAGCCAAUCCCCGAAGGUACGAGUUCCUCAAGAGCGGCAAAAAAAGAUUCUCCACCGACGGCCUGAGCAAUCUUCAAUACGAAUUGGUCGACAAGCAGAAGCUCAAAUUUUACACUUGGCUACUCGUCAGACUCACACCCCCGCAGCCCAGCUGAUGGCUACCCCCCUGGUUUGGUUAAAAACCCUGGUCUUUCUCGCAUUUCCAUCCAUCCGUCUUUCAACGAUAAAUUUUUAUUUUUAUUUUUUUCUUCCUCUCUUCGAGUUUUCCACGAGAAUAGACCAAAAGCUACUCGGCAUCUCGUCUCUGCUCGUGCCUCAAGAGAUUAGCAACUUUUCACUUUUAUAAUAUCAACGUUCAUGAUGGUUUUGUCGGCGCGGGAGCGGCCAGUCAAAAAGUUGGAUCGACGGUUUGACAGGUUUUUCGAAAAAUGGAAAAAAUUCAUUGCUCAAUCACUUAGAAAUCAACUUAAUUUUUUACGAUUAUUCGAAUAGCCAUGCCGGGCGAUCCGCGGGUCAGGAUCGCUUCUAAAUUCCUUUCGUAAACGCGGAACCGAAUUUUUAAAAACAUUCGAAACAACAACGAUGUUGACAAAAAACAUAGCGAGGAUUUUGUGGUCGAACGAAUUUUGGAAUCGUCCAGAGUAUAUUGAAAUGAAGAAUAAUGCGAGGUACCGAUGAGAACGCCAGCGCCGUUUUUUCUUCAAUAAGCCAUGACUGAUCUCGACUUCCCAAUAUGUUUUUUAUCGUCCCUCGAAAUCUGCGCUUUUGAGAAUAAUAAAAUCCGUAGAAAAUAGAAGAAAACCGAAGAGGUCAAAACUAAUGGAAAUAAUGAAAUAUACAAGAUGUGCCAAAUGACACGACGAGUGUACGAUGAUAAAAGGAUGUACUUGAUGGAGAGAGAGUGUUUGUAAGUGUGUGUAUGUGUGUAUCAGUGAGUUAGGAAAGCGCGACGACGAUUGAACCGUGCAUGGAGUUUUUCUCUUUCGCAUUUCUCUGGUUCGUCAGUCUACUUGAUCAUACAAAUAUGUAAAUAUCGAUCGAGCGAGCCACCCUAUUGCAAUUUCUUGUGCCGCUGGCCAUUCAUUUUUCACUCAAAUCGUUUUUAUGAUUAUAAUCAUUAUUGUUAUUACUGAUAUUAUCGCUCUAUUAAUUCGCGAAACAAAUCAACGAUCUCGAGACGCUUAUAUUCGUACACACUCGCGCGUACAAAUACAUGCAUAUAUUUAAUAAUAUGGGAGAGAUAGAGAAGGGGAUAUUUUCACUUGUUUUAUUGGUCACGCGACAGAUCGAACACACGCAAACUUCCUAGAAUUUGAAUCGUCGUCAAGCGAGACUCGAAAGUAACAAGAGAAUAUUUUAUCGUCAUUCGCCGUCGCGACACUUUUGGAUUCUUUCAAAUACCGCGAAAGAAUAAAAGUGAAACUUUUAAAAAUGAGAUUUAAAAAAGUAAAGAAUCGAGUUUGGAGUGGUAUAGUCGAGCUUAUUUUUUUAUCGUUCUACAUUCGUUGGCGGUAGUGAAUUUUCAAGAUUGAAAAUACGGGAUCGUGUAAUUGUUCGUUGUUGUUUUUUUUUCUUUCUUUUUUAGUAGUCGUAAGACGCGCAAUUUUUGAGGAUUCGCGUUCACACACGGGCACGAUGAGCUGAUAAGGAAAAAGCAUUAAAAUCAUGAGAUUGACAUUUUGGAUUUGAGAAAAAAAACAAGAGACAAAAGAAAAAAAAUCAACUCGUUAACGCAUACUGCGUCCACUGUACUGUUCAUGAAAUGUAAAAUAUAUACUAACGGUAAUAAUAAUAAUAAUGAAAAUUUUUCAUUUCUCGUCAAAUUUUCGCUAAUAUAACAUGUUCAAUACUAGCGAAUUUAUAUUUCCCAGUUUAACGCGAUUUUUUCUAUUUUCUACUCGAGAACAAUAUUUUUAUAAAACUUCAACUUCUUAGAUGAAUUAUUCGAUAUUUUUAAUACUCUUUUUCCGAGUUUCUCCUUAUUUCAUAGAGGAACACCGUAAAGAUCAUAAUUUUCAAUAUAGCUACAGUUCGAAUUUAUAUAUUUUUAAUCAUAAUUGUUGAAUUUUGAAAUUGAUGGAGUAACGGCGAUGACUGUGGCACGAAAAAGAAAUUAUUAGCAACCGAAAAUUGAACGAGAAAUGAAAGAGUUGUUUGUAAAAAUAAAAUUAAAGUUUACAUCGCUGGAGUUGAAUCAGAUUCCCUCUGGUUUCACGAUAAUCCAUAGUUUUACAGAUUGUUUUUCAAAAAAUAUUAAAGCUCCAAUGCUCCGUGUAAAAAUUCAAGCGUCUCGUACAUUUGUAGUUUGCAGCGCUAAACGCGAUGGUGGGAACGAUACUUAAGUCCGUCGUGCUGGAAAAUCUCGGGUAUACACGUAAGAUGAUAAAAUAAUGUUUCCACCGUUGAUGAAACGAUCGAGUAAGAAAGGAUGAUCGGAAAAAAGGGAAAAACCACACGAUGAAGACACAAUACAAUAAAUAUAGGUCUCACGUCCACGUCACAUAUCGCGCGUAUUAAUAUAAUUAAAUAAAUACAAGAAUGAAUGAAAUAUUUAAUAUAAAAAGGCGUUUCACGCAUGUACAGAUUUGAAUCUCAUCGAAUUGCGCCAAGGGAUACUUAAAAGGUACUAGAACUACGAAAAUAAUAUUAACAUCAACAAUAAUAACAGCACUAACAAUAUUAAUAUUAAUAAACGUAGAUAUACGUGAAUGAUUGUGGCGAGUUUGCGGGCUGUGAAAAAGCUGUUGAUUCUGUGUAGGAUUGAAAGACAAAUAUAAGAAAAACAGCGUUGAAAAUACCCAACAUUCAGCUUUGGGAUGGCGACAUAAUUACGUUCGGGAUUAAAAUAGAAAGUCAAAUAAAGACAGAAUUUUUUUCGAAUUUUCCACUGAAAUGAGAAGAUGAAACACAAUCGAAGAAUUUUCUCUGCGAUCUUUAGCACUCCAUUUGUUCCAUCAUAUUAAUGUAGGCGAUAAAACGUUGUUGUUUUGAAUUUUAUGUUUUUAUUUUUUUGUAAUAAUGGUAUUUCUUCAUGUCUUCCAAUUGCAAAAAUUGUUCGAUUUUCAACACGUUUCGUUGUUCGAAAAUAACGCGACUUCCUGUUUUUCCGUACUAAAAUUUCUAUAUCGAAGGAACCAUUCGAGUGUUGAAUAAACACUAAGAAAAUAAUUAAAUAUAAAAUAAAAUACCAACCAGCAAAGACAAGAUAGUGAUAUAUUACGGAUUGUUAAGGCAACGCGCGAUGAAUGAUUAAUGAUUAUGGUUUUGAAAUUUGUCUCGUUGAUGUGUAUUGUAAACCGUCAGCUUCGUCUUAUUCUCCAUUUGAAAAUUUACUAUUUUUUAAUCGAUCAUUCUGUAAAGCGGAUGCGAACGAUCUGAUGCGCAAUUCUUGCACUCCUAUUAUUCAAACUUCAAUAUCGCUAAUAAAAUUAUCGAGUAAACAUUUCUCAAAGUAAUCUUUAGAAAAUGAAAUGUAAUAGCAUAACUAUCGAAAUGAUACAAUAAUAUUGAGUGAAAGGAACGCAAAAUGUUGAAAAAAAUGUAUAACAAAAAGUUAAAAGAAUAACUCAAAACAUUUUUGAGAUUUUUGAAUCAAUCCCAGUCAGUUGAAGUUUGAGAAAAUGGACGAGGGGGGGGAUAUCCCGAGUUAAACGAAUUUCAUCUUUGUCUAUUGAUUUCCUGACGGUGCCAUAAUUACUUUUUUUUCCAUGUUUCAAUAACUUCUUACUAUUUACAUAUGCGAGUUCUUCAUUUAAUUUCCCCCCAAAAAUUUAAACCUAUUCAACGAGACGAAGAAUUGUGUGCACGAGAAUCAAACGCGAAAGAAAAUGUACAGCUACGUUGUAAUGAAACAAUAAAUUACGUUGAAUCGA